UAAACUACAUAGGUAUAAGCUAUAGCCGCUAUAGGCGAGUAACACUCCAAAAGACGCUCACGGUGCCGGUGACCAACUCAUACGCAAAUUCAAUUCCUUUAGAACCACUCGAACCUCGCAUAAGUCAUACGCAAAUUCGUCACUCAUACGCUAAUUCCAAAGCUCGAAUUGCAGAAGCUCGUUCCAGGUUCUUGUUUUGUUCCUUAUAUGAAUCUACUUGUUUUGUUGCGGAUUUUGGUGUGGAAUUGCGAUUUUUAAGAUCUACUUCAUGUGAUUAUUCAUGCAUUUGGUUUUAUGCGGUUGUUAUUGUUUGUUUCAUGGAUUCAACUUAUUUUUUCCUCAUCUCAUAUAUGUUAUUUCAUGUUUUUAGGGCUUAUGAUUCCAAUGAAUUUCUGGUAUAACUUCUUAAUUCAUGUUUGUUUGUUUCAUGGAACUAAAUGAUAUGAAAAUUUAUGUAACAAUUUGUAGAUGCGCAUAUUUGUGUUCACUUGUUCUUGUUUAAUUUCAUCAGAUCAAUUUUUGAAGUGUUGUGGCUGGAAAUCAGGAAUUAAUGACUUGUCAUCCUCGGGCCCAGGGCGGCCGCCCCUCCUGCCCUGGCUCAGGGACGGGCCUGCUUCCUUUUACAAGAUAAACUACUUUUUCUUGAUGAUCUGAACAAAAAAUGUAUAGAACGAUUUGGAAUUGGGCAAAACUCCACAGUAAAGUACGUAUCAUUGCUGACUCUUUUAUAAAUCAUCAGAAAUCUUACCUAUGUCAUCAACAAUGUAACAUUGCAUGUCUUAGGCUUCUUAGUACUAGCUCUGAGCAAAGAGAGCUAUGUUGGGAAGGUUUUAACCAUGAUAAGAUGUUGAGAGGGUUUGAAAGUGCAUUGUUGGAUUGCAAAGAAGACGAGGUAUUGGCAGUUUUUAACAAAUUUAAGAGCUCGUAUGGAUAUCCUCCACAGGAUGUGAUGAGUAAGUUGAUCUCGGGACUAUCCUACUCAUUUGAUUACCGCUCACUUUCUAAAGCGUGUAACUUAGUUUUUAAAAUGGCAAGGGAAAAUUUUGAGUCACUUGACCAUGAUAGCUUGUCUAGGCUUUGCCUUUCAUUGGGAAGAGCUCAGAUGCCAGUCCCUGCUUCGAAAGUUCUUAGACUCAUGCUGCAGAGAAAUAGUGUUCCUGCAGUGGACGUGCUAUGUUUGGUGUUUAUGCAUAUGGUGAAGACUGAGGUUGGCUCAUGUCUGGCAUCAAAUAUCCUUCUUGAGAUUUGUGGUCGUUUCGACCAUCUCAGUGCAAUGAGAUCUGAAUGCGCCAUGUCUAUUAAACCUAGUACUGCAAUCUUUAAUCUUGUUCUCGAGGCUUGUGUGAAAAUUGGAUCAUCACUGAAAGGGCAAGAGAUAAUAGAGGCAAUGGCACAAGUAAGAGUGGUAGCUGAUGUACACUCUGUUCUUCUAUUUACCUACAUUUUUGAAAUGAAUGGCCUUAGGGAUGAGUUGAAGAAAUUAAAAGAAUAUGUAGAUCGAGUUUCAAUUCCACUUGCUCAACACUAUGUUCAGUUCUAUGACAAGUUGUUGAGUUUGCAUUUUCACUUUGAUGAUAUUGAUGCUGCUGCCAGACUUGUAGCCGAUAUGUAUUUUCUCUGGGGUUCACGCCCUUUGGAACAUGAUAAGGAUCUAAUGAAGCCUUGUCAAGUUCCUGUUGGUCCUCCUUUUUUGAAAGAAGGUUUGAAAGUCCAAGUUAUGUUUGACUUGCUGCAGAAGGAUAUUGUCCUUCAUGUGAAAAAGGAAGAAGAGUUUGUAAUAUUCAAGAAUGGGAAACUUGUCCUCACCACUAAAGGGUUGGCAAGACUUGUUAUCAAUUAUAUGAAAAGCAAAAGAAUCGGUGAGUUGUCGGAACUUUUAGCUUCAAUUCAGAAGAGGGUGGUUACAAAUGAAGAAGGCAGACUCUGCUGUGAUGUGAUUCAUGCAUGCAUCCAUUGUGGUUUCCUUGAGACAGCUCAUGAUAUGUUGGAUGAUAUGGAAAUGUCUAACAUUGCUGUUCCCACCGCAACAUAUAUGCUGUUGCUGAAUGCGUAUUGCAGAAAAAAUAUGUCCAAGGAAGUGGAAGCCCUGGUCAAACAAAUAAAUAAGAUUGGUCUACUCAUGGAUGCAUCUGAUGAAAUGAUCAUGUCGAAAUGUCUUUCAGGUGUAGCACAUGGAAGUAGUCUGAGUGUAGCUGCACCUCUUACCAGUAGGCAAUCAGAAUUAACUGUCUAUCUACUUCAAGAAAUGAACUGGGGUUAUAAAGCUCCUUCUAAGGUUUAUGAGCUGAAUUCUUGUAUAUAUUUCUUUUUCAAGGCCAACAUGAUGGAGGAUGCUCGGAAGAUAUACAAUAAAAUGCAGGAGUUAAAUAUCCAGCCGACAGUGCAAACUUUUGCUUACUUGAUACAAGGCUACUUAUCUUUGGAAAUGUAUCGGGAAACCACCAUCUUGUGGGGUAACAUGAAAAGGCAUAUGGAUCAUGGAUGUUCACUUGCAAACAGGGAUUUGUACGAGUUGCUGCUGAUGAAUUUUCUACGAGGAGGGUACUUUGAGAGAGUACUAGAAGUGCUUCGCCAUAUGAAGGCGCACGGUAUGCAUGCUGAUAGAUGGAUGUAUAAGCACGAGUUCUUAAGAUUCCAUAAGAAUCUUUACAGAAGAUUGACGGCCAUGGAUGCAAGAACAGAAGCACAGAGAUUGAGGCUUGAGCAUGUUAAAGCCUUUAGAAAAUGGGUUCGCAAUAAUUGAACCAUAUUGUAUAAGAGUACUCUGGUUUGGUUGAUACCUGGCACUUGGUAUGUUGUAACUCAUAAAUCAAGCCAACAAGUAGAGAGAGCUUAAAUGUGUGUGAAGCCAAAGGCUUCGCCAAAGUAAAUUUGCCAAACUCUUAUUGUGCGUUCAGAUGAUAUCCUCACUGGUUUGAAGUUCGUGCUCAUGUUGGUUGGCCUGAUUCAUGCAAUUGAGGUCAUAGUAAGCAUUUUGGUAUGUUGUAACUCAUAAAUCAAGCCAACAAAACGUGUGUGAAGCCAGAGGCUUCGUCAAAGUAAAUUCUCAAUCCAUUCCUUGCUCUAAAUGCAACUCUUAUUGUGCGUUCAGAUGAUAUCCUCACUGGUUCGUGCUCAUGUUGGUUGGCCUGAUUCAUGAAAUUGAGGUCAUAGUAAGCAAUUUUUAUCAAAUCAUCCAGAUUCGAGUCAACAGGCUCUCUCCAAACUGAAGUAACUCACUUUGCUGAGUUAUUAAAUGGUGCAAGGAGGAGCCAAAUGACUAAAAAUUGUCAGCUGCAUCUAUAAAUAGGUUGAUGAAAGGCUUAUGAGCUUGUGGCUCCAGGUGCACUCUGAACAGUAUCAAGAACCUGAUUGCUAAUGCAAGCUUAAUCUUGGGUGCUGGGUUCGGAUGAUAUGAAUGUAUGUAUAGAAGAGUUCAUGAUCGAGCUUGGUGUGGCUCCAUUGGUGAACACUGGUCUAUACUUGCAUCAAAGAUACAAACUCAAGCUUCAGAUCUCAAUGAAAUUAAAGCUGGCCAGUUUGACUUUGCAACCCAACUUAAGGUUCAAUGUUGUUGUUCAGCCUACUAGAAAGUCCAACAGCUUGCAGCUUGCACGAAACUCCGAGUCAAAUCUUAGCACUUGAAGGAAUGUUUAUGAAUAUGGGCUAAUUUGAGUGGUUAUGUUUUAGAACGUAGAAGCAUAACUCGAUGAAAGAAUCGGCCUUGGUUCAAGUAGAUUCUUGAACCAUUUCUUUAUUUACACAUGAUGUGAUGUACUUAAACAUAAAGAGUAUCUCAAAUUCCGGACUUCCUUACUCUCUGAAGGUGUAAAUAUCGAAUUGAGCUAGUUUUUGACUUUUCCCAUGUGAAAGGAUACUUGAAUUGUUUGUGAAAAAUGUAGCUUAAGAAUAUCUGAAAAUGAACACUUAUAAGUUA